GGUUUCUGUAUGGUGGUGAAGUUUCACUGAGGCGCUGUUGAUGCUGUGGGGGGUGGCAGGUGACUAAGUGGAUCAUCAUUAGUGUUUAGGGGGGUCCUCCCAGGUAAAGGAGCCACACUACUAACUACAAACUCCAGGUGGGACUACAAGUCGAGAGAGCUACCCUCUAGGGUGCAAGGAGCUCCCCAGCAGUCCACCAUGAUCUUUUUACAGCUGGUGCUGUGUACCUGCCUGCUUACAGGAUGUCUGUCUAUUCAGGUCUCCGUGCAGGACACCGAGCGAUACACCAUGUUGUUCUCAACUAUUAUUCUCAAAUGUGAUUACAGCACCUCUGCUCUAAUGCAAGAUGUGUCCGUCACCUGGCGUUUUAAGUCCUUCUGCAAAGACCCAAUAUUUGAUUAUUACUCUGCUGAUUACCAAGCAGGGUUAAAGCUCGGUCAGGACCCUUGGAAUGACUGCAACGAUAACCAGAGAGAAGUCCGUAUCGUAAUCCAGAAGAGAGGACAGAAUGAGCCGGUGCUGGGUAUUGAUUACAGACAGCGAAAGAUCACCAUGCGGGACAAGGCUGACCUGGUUAUCAGCGAGGUGAUGUGGUGGGACCACGGCGUGUACUUCUGCAGUGUGGAAGCCCAGGGGGACACGUCAGGUGACCCAGAUAAAGAAAUCAAAGUAAUCGUCCUCCAUUGGCUCACUGUCCUAUGCAUUGUGAUGGGGGGGUUACUGCUCAUCCUGCUUCUGGCAAUUUGUUGGUGUCAGUGCUGUCCGCACUGCUGUUGCUGCUACGUGCGCUGCCCGUGCUGUCCGACCAAGUGCUGCUGUCCGGAGAAAGCCAUUGAACGGCACAGGUACAUGAAGCAGGCCGAGUCUCUGCUUCCUUGGAUUAUGGAUAAACCAAUGUAUGCUGGAGCUGCCAAUUCAAAAACAUCUUCAUACCAGCUAAACCCACUGCUUCAGCAAGAUAUUUCUUUGCAGAACAGUUUUCCAAUGGUUAGACAGCCAAGCUACCCACCGUCUAAUAACAAAGUUCUUGACUUCCUGGAAAGUGAAAUUAAAAAUCUAAAUACAGCACAACCCCUUCCAGCUGCUGGGCCAUAUGUUGGUCGUCCUCCUAGCAUGCUGUCGUCGUUAAGUGAUGUUGGGGUGCGCGAGGUGGAACGGAGGGUAAUUCAACUCCCUCCACUUGUGGAACACAUUGUGAGUUCCCAGAGAUCUAGCAACUAUUCCAACCAACGGAGAAAUCAAAACUCAUGGGACCCAUUGGAAGGUGAGCGUGACCGGAGGAGAAACCGAGCUCUGGAUGAUUCUCGCUCCAGUGACAAUGAUUGGAGAGCACAAGAGCGACUACGGGGUGAGAGAGCUCAAGUAUACAGAAGGGAAAAUCAAAGAAGUAGCAAUCCAAGGAGGGAUGUGUCCCCUGACCGUAGAUAUGACCGUGAUUACCACAGUGAUGAUUCCACUUAUGAUGAUCGUCGUGGUCGUUCCAACAACUCUUCUGAUAGAAUGAGACCUCCAGACAGAAGAAGGUCACCAGAAAGAGCAGAGCAACGACCAAGAAGAGGAGGAAGUCCAGAUCGCUAUUCAAGACCCCAAGGACGUAGGAGGAGCUACUCUCCCCCUAAUCGACGUGGCUCCUGGAGCUCGGAAGAUGAGAGCUAUUCUCGAGGUCGAAGGGAAAGAACAUAUGAGUGGCCGGAAAAGCCUCCCAGUUAUAAGUCAAUUGACAUCUCUGUAGGAAAAGCACCGUCCCAUCGACCAGACACAGGGAGACAAUCGGAUCGAGCCAGCUCCCGCAGUGGAAGAAGUAUGGUCAUUUAAACCAAGAGAUGGGCAUGGAGAAUAGACUUGAUACCAACGCCAUCACCACACUGUUUGCAAAGCAUUUUGAGAGUUGUUUUCCUGUUCCUUUGGCAGCGUUACGGAUGUCGUUUAUGGCAGCUGUCAGUAGUUGCCAUUUUGUUUUGUUUUUUACCGUGGUGUAAAUUAAUGCCUCUGUAUUGUAAUGUUCUGCAAAUGGCUGCCUUCCAUUUAUUUACCAAGAAGGUGUGUUUUUACAGCCUUGUCUCAUAGUCCACAAGCACGACCGCUGCCUGUUACCUUUUAACAUUGCUGACCCCUUCCACUCCCUAUAGUGCAGAUCUAUUGAUAGACGACAACUGACUGAAAAUCUUCAAUAUCUGUAUUUAAACUACAUGAACCCCUCUACAACUGCCUUGGCCUGGUUUAGUUUUUUUUGCAGCACGUCGCAGAGAAGAUGACAUUUUAUUU